AUGGACGACACCGAAAGACGGCAAUACGAGGCGCGAGCGCAGGAGCUCCGAGUUGCAUUGAAGCAGUUUGAAGGAGAUUGGGCAAAGAAGAAUGAUGGCAAGAAACCAGAUCGCAGCGAUAUCAAGGCGAACCCGAUAAUAGCCCAAAAGUACAAGAAAUAUAAUCAAGUUCGCGACAUACUCGAUGGCAAGACUCAACCGCCCAAGAAGAAGAGCACGUUGACGCAGACUCCCAAGCGAACGAGACCUGCCACGACACCCUCAAAGCCCAAACCAAAUGUCGAUCUCCUCGAUGGUAUGGAGACACCAUCUAUCCGGAGACUCUUUAGCCCAGCCGCCCCGACUUCCAUAGGACCAACUCCACAAAGAGAUGGAAAGAUUCUUGGUCUGUUUGAUCUAGUGGAUGAGACACCCUCGGCACCACGAUCGAAUAAUGUUGCUGCUCCGCAUGCGCAGCUACAGGCAACGCCUAGUAAGCGUAAACACGCCGAGCUCGAGUCUAAGAGCGCAACCAAGCUAGGGACGACGCCUCGUUCAUCAAGCAAACGUGCAAGUUUUGCGACGCCUCUCAAGAAUCGAGACAAUAAUGUACAAGAUUUCAAGUCUCCCAGCAAUCUUUUGUUUGCAACUCCAGCUUUCUUGAAAAGAGCCCCCAUGCCGCCACUGGACGAGAAUGGCAAGUACACUUCUCCACAACCCAUUAGGCUUCCUCGAAAGCCCCUGGGACGCGGUCUCAGCAGCGUUGUAGCCAGUUUGAGGAAAUUGGAAGAGGAAAAGCUAGACGAAGAACUAGAGGCCAUGCACGAGAUGGAAAAUGAGGCCAGGGAAGAGUCAUCAAAGGCCAAGGAACUGCCAAAGAUCCUAGAGCCCGACAGCCAGAAUCGUCAACUUCUUGACGGAUUUGACGACGAGGCUGAGCUCGACAGUGAAGCAGAGCCCGAGUUGGGUCGCGAUGGCUUGCCUUUGAGGAUAUACAAGAAGAAGGGACAAAAGCGGACAACAAAAAAGGUCAACAUGAAGCCAUCUCGUGCAAAGAGACCACAGCAACCACUCAAUGAGCCUGAUUCUGAUAUUGAGGAGGGUGCAGAAGUGGUUCCCGAGACACAAUUCGACUCUGCACGGGUGAUUGGCGACCAGGAAUGGCCUCUAGAUCUCGAAUCAGAACCCGAGUUUCUUGGCUCAGAUUAUGACGGGGAAGACAAACAACCGAAGAAGCCAAAAAUACUAAAGGAAGCCACAAAAAUGGAGAAGGAAAAUCCAAUCAAAAAGGCUGCAAAAAAGGUCAAUGCCAUGGCGCAUGCCAACUUUAAACGGCUCAAGCUGCGCAACAAUGGUGCCAAGGGUGGACCUGGAUUUGGUAGUAGAUUUAGACGGCGGAGAUGA